UGGUGGCAGUGGUGGUGGCAGUGGCAGCGGGGGCAGCCAUACUCAAACAACCGCCGAGCGAGGAGCGCGGCGCGGUGUAGAAAUGAAACGAUAAUACAGCACGUUGAAACGCUCACGGCUUAGGGACGAGGCGCAAGGCGUGAGUGUGACCGAUUGGGCGUAAAAGAAUUAGAAGACAGAAAAGAAUCAGGGCGGAAGUGCGGCAAAGUUCGCAGAGGAAAAGGAAAGAGUGUGUCGACGAAAAGAAGGGGGCUCCGCCGUCGAAUCUCGGUGGUGGCACGGAGUGGACGGUAUGAGCGCAAAGACGGACGUUAACAGGCGAGUCCUAGCGAUUCAGGCCAAAAAGAAGAGGCACAAGCCGAGUAAAAGAAAAGGGAAGGGUAAUUCUCAGGGUGAUACGGACUCAACUACCGGACAAUGCUCAAAAGUACAACCAGCCGCCGCACGGCAAGGACAAGGAUCCGACUUUUUUCAAGAUCCCUCUUCGGGACAGAGACCAUACUCCAGCGAUAAUGGAAAUAGAUUGGAACCAUGUCACAGCUCGAGCAAUGAAACGAUAGAGGAUGACGAUGAAGUGUACAGUAGCGAAGAUGAAGAGCAGGAAGAUAGCAGUGAUUAUUGCAAAGGAGGUUAUCAUCCUGUGAAGAUAGGGGAUUUGUUUUUAAGUCGUUAUCAUGUGACUCGAAAACUUGGCUGGGGUCAUUUCUCUACAGUCUGGCUUUGCUGGGAUCUACAGGAUAAACGAUUUGUGGCCCUCAAAGUAGUAAAAUCUGCAACACAUUUUACUGAGACUGCUUUGGAUGAAAUAAAGUUAUUAAAAGAUGUACGUGAUAUCGAUCCUAGCGAUCCUAAACGAAAUAAGACCGUCCAAUUGCUCAAUGACUUCAAGAUCAGUGGCAUUAAUGGUCUUCAUGUUUGCAUGGUAUUCGAAGUGCUUGGACAUAAUCUCCUUAAAUUGAUCAUAAAAUCUAGCUAUAGAGGAAUUCCAAGGAACAAUGUUAAGCGCAUCAUCCGCCAAGUCCUAGAAGGUCUUGAUUAUCUUCAUAAUAAAUGUAAAAUUAUUCAUACAGAUAUAAAACCUGAAAAUGUUCUCAUAUGUGUAGAUGAAACUUAUAUAAGAAAAUUAGCUUGUGAGGCAACCGAAUUACAUUCUUUGGGUAUAAAAUUACCAGUUUCUUUAAUUUCUACUGCACCGAAAGAAUUUCAAGAACCCACGCCAAAUUCGAAAAUGUCUAAAAAUAAAAAGAAGAAAUUGAAGAAGAAAGCUAAACGGCAAAACGAAUUAUUGAAGAAACAAAUGGAACAGAUAGAGGAAAUAGAAGAACAAAAUAAACUUGCAAACAGUACAAGAGAAAAUGGUGAGUUGGAGACAAAUAGUCCGGAUCAAGAUGUGAAUACAGAAAGUAUAGAGGAUAAUACAGAAAGUAAAGGUUCUCCUGAUAUCUCAGAACCAUCUGUACCAUCGUUACACAUCAAUGGAGUGGAUGGUUUAGCAGGUGGAGAAAAAAUAGAAAAUCAAUCAACCGAUCGGUCGGAGAAAAUGGAGAAUGUGACUUUAUGUGAUGUAGACAAAAGUUGUGGUGAAAGUACUCUACCACGAGAUGCAGAAGAUACGGACGAAUGUAGCGAAGGACGUAAUUUAAAUCCACCGGAGAGUAAACAAUUAAAACGGGCAUCUGUAGCACCACUUGAUCCAGCUACGGUAGAUUGUGAAGUUGAAGUAAAGAUAGCUGAUCUUGGAAAUGCAUGUUGGGUUCAUAAAAAAUUUACAGAUGAUAUACAAACACGACAAUAUAGAUCUUUAGAGGUUUUGCUAGGAUCAGGAUAUGAUACUUCUGCAGAUAUAUGGUCCACAGCAUGUAUGGCAUUUGAAUUAGCAACUGGUGAUUACCUUUUUGAACCACAUAGUGGUAAGGAAUAUUGUAGAGACGAAGACCAUCUAGCUCAUAUUAUAGAGCUACUUGGAGAAAUACCUAGACGUAUAGCGCUCUCUGGAAAAAACUCGAAAAUGUACUUUAACAAAAAGGGUGAACUGAAGCAUAUUACCGGAUUAAAGCCAUGGGGGCUUUAUGAGGUGCUUACAGAAAAGUAUGAUUGGUCACCGAGUGAAGCACGCGAAUUUGCUGAAUUUUUAACUCCGAUGUUAGAAUUUGAUCCGAGUAUGCGAGCAACAGCUGCUGAGUGUCUGAAGCACCCAUGGUUGCAAAUCAAGUGAUCCUGCUUUUAUUUUAUUUUCUUUUAUUUUAUUUCCUUUUUUUUUCUUUUUUUUAAUUCUUUUAUCUUUAAAUUUCUGAGAUCCUCACUCUUUACCACCUUGAUGCAAUUACAAGUCGAGAGUGUAAUAGGAAGCAAAAGUCAGAAACAAAUUUUUAUACCCAAUUAUAGUUUCAAUUUUCAAUAUAAAACGAAUACAUUACUAGGAGCGCACAUCCUAUAUUUAUUUCAUAUUUUGGGCCAUAAAAGAAUUUUAAGACACAGCCUAUAUAUAUAUGACACAAACGUAGCACAUCAUAAUGUAAAAAUAUACGCGAAUAAUUCGUUCGACGAUAAUAAAUUCUACUGAUAAAUGUCUCGAUAUUAUUAGGAGUUAGACAACAUUUAUAUAUAUAUAUAUAAAAAAGAGGAGAGAGAAAAAAAAAAGAAAAAAAAAAAAAAAAGAAGAAGAAAAAAAAAAAAAAAAAGACAAAAGGAAAAAAAGGCGUUAGAAAUCAAUUCUAUGAAAUUUCGUUAUACAGUGAGGUAUGCUUCCUAAUGAAAUACUCUCGACAUCACCCGCCUAUACGUGUAUUUAUAAAUUUGUUAAAUCAUAUUUUUCAUUUAGCGAUGACAACUUAAAUUAAAGUUAAUAGUAUUUUAUUACUUUAUACAUUCGUUACAUCCUUCGUACUGGUCACUUUAUUUAUCUACAAGUAUUCCAAGAGUCAUGGUACCCACUCAUAAGAUACUUUAUAGAUAUUUAAGGGCAGGCCCGUUAAAACACGUAAAUUUCUAUAAUUCAAUCUGACUAGAUUUCUUUUUAAUAUGAUGUCAGUUACAGUAAACUCUUAAUGAAAGUUCUUUUUUCCAUUAACUAUUUUCUGUAAACUCUUAGACGUAUAAUGUAAAUUUCUCACUACCUCGUUGCAUUAGAUAUUUUAAAAUACUCAUACACAACACAUGCCGGAACAUGUAGUUAAUGCACAGAAUAUUUCUAUGAAUUUACAAUGUAUUCAAAUGUACGAAUGAUUGGUAUCAAGUGAGAGUUGGUCACCAGAUUCUUGGUAUAUAAAGCCAAGCUAGGCCGAACACAAAUCGAUAUGAGACAAUAUGUUUUUGCUGAAUAUUUAAAGGGGCAGAAAUAUUUGAGUAAACGAAAGAUCGUUAAAUUAUAAGCCUUUUAAUAAGAAUAUAAGUCGAACGUACAAAUAUCUAAAGCAAUAUUAAUUUUUGGUUAUGCAAACUUUAUGAAUCUCAAUGGUCUCAUUCCAAAAGUAAUGCGGUUUUUUAAAGUAAGUUUUAAAAUAACGAAAAAAGAUACUUUCAACUUUAAUCUAAGAUAUAUUUAUCACUAUUAUUAACAAUUUGUUUUUAUCUUAACUUGAAAUGUUCAAUACCUUCAAUUAUUUCUCACUAUCAAGGGAUUUUCAGGAUAUUUUGACUUUUCUUAAUAUUCAAAGCUAUAAUUUCCAGAGCGGAAAGAUUCGAAUCAUUUUUUGACUUUGGACUUACACUCACAAUACGUGGAUCAUAAAUCUUGCAGAUUUUAUUGUAGCAGUUGCUGUAGCAAUACUCUCGCAAAAACUUCCAAAAGAAAUAUGCCUUAAAUGCUCUUUCGACGCUUCCAUAACGUUUAACUCUUAAAUUCACGUAUGACAAAUUAAAUUAGCACACAAUUACUUAAAACACUGCAAAUUUUAAUAAAUAAUACACAUUGUACGAAUAUACAAUAACUAAAAUAUUGCAUCCUCCAUUUUGACAAAUAAGAAAAAAUCGCCUUAUUUAUGGGACGACCCAAUAUCUUGUAAUUUCAAUCAUAAUGAAAUAUUUAUUAUUAUAUCCUUUUGAAAAUGAAGCGAAUGCACACAAAUUGUCUUAUCUCGUGUGUUCUGAAAUAUCGAUUCUAAUAUAUACUUUCCUAUGUCUGAAACUCUCUAUGUUAAGUCUGAAAACAUCAUGUGUGCAUAUGUGGGUGUGUGUGUGUGUGUGUGUGUGUAUACACGCACAUAUAUACGCACAUAGGUAUACACACACCAGUUCUAUAUAACCAUCUUCAUACAUUGACUGAUCAUUGAGCUCUUCGCCGAUAAAUUAUUUCCUGUUUUAUAUUAAAACAAAAGCAAAACAAAAAAACAGUGCAUACACUGUGUAUAUUCACCAUCAUCGGCUCGUUCAUGUUAUUCUACUUCGUCUAGCACUUCAAAUCUAUACUCUAUCGUUUUCUUUCUUUCUUUCUUUCUUUCUUUCUUUCUUUCUUUCUUUCUUUUUCUCUUUUCCUUUUGGUAAGACUUAAACUUAGGGUUUCAUAUCGACAUGUGGAUACGCUUAUGUGUACGUACAAGGAUCUUAAUAAAAUCAUGCUUCGUUUUUUUUCUACCUUGGUGUUUCUCACCAGGUAAAGCGAUUUUAUUUAUAUAAGUAUUUAUCGUCACGUAUCAUAGUCAUUUCGUUUUCCGCUAACAAAAAAUUUUGUAAAAAAAUAAUGAAAAUCUGUAUAAUAAUUGAUCUCAUGUGAACAAUGUGCAUCUGCUCUCACUAACAAGGUAUCAAUUUUGAAACAAAAGUCCUGGCACGAUAUUCUUCACACACAUAAGAGAAACGUGUUGUACAAUUAUUUCUGGAAAGGGGGGAAAAAAAGUUAACGAUUUCGUCAUUGAAAUUAUGAUUAUAAUUUAUUAUAUACUACUGUACUGCGAGAAACGGGAAAUAUUGUGACGUAUAGAGGUUUACUACAAUAUUUUCUCUGCGACAAAACAGGAAGAAGAAAAAGGAAACUAACAACACCGAAUAAAUAAAGUCCCCCCCCACCCCUACUUGUAAUGCAGUAAUUAGUAUGGAACGCGUUUAAGAUUAUAGAUGAUCCGUUUAGCUAAUGAUGCGCCCUACGAAUUUAUGCUUGUUUCAAUUGAUUCUAUGAGCUAUAGAAUCAAGCACGCGAGCCGUAGGCAUUAUCACGGCUUCGCAUCAUCCAACGACUAUCUUGUCGAAUUUGUACAGUAAAUAUUAGAGUAAAUAGCGAAUAUACACGGAUACAAUUUUGUGAGAGGAUUUGAUGGCCAUUGAAAUUCGUUGGUAUCAUCUCGAGGUAAUUCGAGUUACGUCUACUUUUUUAUUUUGGUUUUUUUUUUCUUUUUGAAUUAAUCAGAUUCAAUGUAGCUAUAAACGUGUAUUUUACAUAUAUAUAUAUAUAUAUAAAGCUCUUAUUGAAGAUAAGAUGGCUAGAUAAGAACGAAAAACGUUAAAAAUAGGUGAACAUUUUGAAACACAAAAGAUUCUUUUCAACUUUUCAUUAAGCAGAAAAAUAUUCGAUCGCCUCUAUCAUAUUGACGGACUUCAUUGGCCUGACGUAUGUUCGUCUUGUAGGCUCAUAUAUUGCAAUUAAAAUAGAAAAAGAAAAAGAAAGAAAAAUAACCGAGAAAAAAACCAAAUCGAAAGAGAAACAUGAAUACCGACUUAUGUAGAGAUAUAAAUCCAUUAUUUACGUAGGCGUACGAUGGCUGCUUAAAUGCUAGUUAGAAGACAAAAUUAAUGACUUGUGUAACAUCUGAUGUAAACAUCUGAACUUAACGGACGUUUCAAUGGCUAAGGAUCUUCUCGUGCGUGUUAUAAUUAAUAAUACGUAAUAGAAUUAUUCGUUAACGGCAUGUCGACUGUAAUGCAUACGUGUAUUUCUGACUAUUCGAAGAAGAAAAGAAAAGAGAUAGAGGAAGAGAAUGGUUUGUAUAGGGACCCAAUUUUGAACUACACCAGCGGAUCAUGUUCCAAUCGGUAGGGAAAACACAGUAAAAUGUUUGGCAAUGGCUCACUCAAAUAAAUUGUCGAAAUGUUGGGACUCGUGGGGAAAAAAGAAAAAAAGAAAGAAAGAAAGAAAGAAGGGAGAAAAUGAUGAAAUGACAUUACAAAGGAAGAAAUUCGAAAAAUAGGUAGAAAAUUAAUAUUAUAGUAGUCUGUGAUUUUUAUAUAAUUGCAAAAUAACAGAGAAGACUAAGAGGAACUAUUUGUCGAUAAAGAGAGAUAUCAGUAAGAGUGAACACAAUCGAGAUUAAUCAUUUUAGUGAAGAUAAAAUAAGAAAUGAAAAUCAAUGCAAGACACUCGGACGGGGAAAAAGAACACCAAGUCGCAAAUGUACUCGACCGAUGUCUAUUGUAAAUACAUAUACGCGGAAAUAAUUAGAAGACAAUUUUCUUUUGCACCGCGUUCUAAUUGUGACUGACUUUUUUCAUCGGUAAAGAUUAAUUAUUCGUGAGUAACGGGACAGUUGUCAGAGAUAACAAAAAUUUGAUAAGAGAAGCGCGCGUAUCUUACUGAUUGGUACAUAGUCAGUCUGGAUCGUGGAAUCACGAAAGAUUCCGUUAAAAAUUAUGCAUGUUUAGCAAAUUAAAGCGCAGAAGUAUAUUACGAGCCACGCGGAAGAUCUGAAAAGAAACGAUGACUAUAAAAUUUUUGAGAAUAAAGAAAGAAUAAAGAAGGAAGAAAACCAAACGAUGAAUGAAACAAAAAAGAAAAAAAAAAAAAAGAAAAUACAUUAUGUAGGACAUCUUCAUAUACGUGAUCAUUUUUAGAAUCGCGUUUAUCGAUCGAAAAGUGAGAUCGAACGAAAGAAUUAACUUUGAACGAUAACAACAGGAAAAAAAAAGAAAGAAGAAGAAGAAAAUACAUUCAGAAAUAGCGUUAUAAAAGUUGACUGGAGUGUUUUUAGAGAACAACAAGCUUCCGAGCUUUUAGACAAUAUCCUAAAUAUUAGCACUAAUGAGUGCCCCUUCCCGGCCAACCCCUCCUUCCGAUAUCGUUACGAGAAAGUAAAAGAGAAGUGAUUAGAAAGUUUUAAUCUACCAAUCGUAGGGAAAAGGAGCGAGUGAGAGUUAAUUUAAUUAUACACACACACACACACACACGUGUGUUUUUUUGUUCUUUUUUCCUUUAUCAAUCUUUCUUUUCCUUCCCCUCAAAUUACAAUUCGUUUCUUGAUUAUCGAGUUAAUAUUGUUAGAUCAAUGCGAUUUAUAAGAGUCAUGUUAUUUCGUUUCAAUUCUUUCAUCAUCGAAUUUAUCCCUUUCGUGUCACGAAAUCAUUUUUCGUUUUUGCACGGUGUCCGUUUCUACGUUUAUUUGUCAAUCCCUCCAUGUGUUUCGCAAGAAAAAUGAAUUAAUAAUAAUAAUAAUAAUAAUAAUAAUAAUAAUAAUAAUAAUAAUAAAAAUAAAAAUAAAAAUAAAAAUAAAAAUAAAAAUAAAAAUAAAUAAAAAUAAAAAUAAAAAAAAGGAAAGAUAAAUUCGUGAAAAUGCACGUUGAAUCGGCACGAUGCCUCGUAUGCUCCAUUACUUCGAGAUCGAUAGAUUUCUCGCAAAUAUAGGAGGCAUUCGUAAAUUAAUAUGAUUAACCGAAAAAAGAAACGAACGAGCCGAAAGAAAUAAAUGGAUUUGAUGUUUAGAUGCUGCCUCCAUUAUAUGCCCUGCCACAGGAAAAAGUAAGAUAAUAAACAUAGACCCAUGUACCCACCUCUAAGAGAAUGAUAUAUAUAUAAGAAAUAAAUUCGCAAGAAAAUAAAAAUAAA